CGAAGGCGGACAGCUGGCGCUCCAGCCCGCUGGCAGACGGAGCGCGAGAGCCGCCGGGGCGCCGCGAGGGAGGCGCAGCCGCUGGAUCCGGCCCCGCUGGAGCUGCGAGACCGCCAAGGAAGGAGCCGGCGCCGCCAGCCCGGGAGAGAAGCGCGGACUGGGCGGACACCAGCCUGUCUGGCUGCUCAGUUCGGCGCGCCGCGGUCCCUUCGCCGCUUGGGUCUGGCCACAGCCGCGCUGCAGGAGGUGAGGCAGAUCUGCAGGCUAUCUAUUGCUGCAUCCUGAAGUGAUGGCACUGUGGAGGAUCCAGGCCAUAUUUCCUCUCCAUACUGCUAGUCUCGGGAUUCUGAUUGUAGUUUAUGCUCUCUCGGCUGAAGCUGGAUUUGCUCAGAAGCAUGGCCCAGAUAUUAUCGACGACAGCAAGGACAACAUCACCAUUUUUACACGCAUCCUCGACCGGCUGCUGGACGGAUAUGACAAUCGGCUGCGACCUGGGCUUGGAGAUGACGUAACCGAAGUCAAGACAAACAUUUACGUGACAAGUUUUGGGCCUGUCUCAGACACAGAUAUGGAGUACACUAUUGAUGUUUUCUUUCGGCAAUCUUGGCGAGAUGAGAGACUAAAGUUUGAUGGUCCAAUGAAGAUCCUCCCCCUUAACAACUUAUUGGCCAGUAAGAUCUGGACCCCAGACACCUUCUUCCACAAUGGCAAGAAAUCAGUAGCCCAUAACAUGACCACACCCAACAAACUGCUCCGGCUAGUAGACAAUGGAACACUUCUCUAUACCAUGAGAUUGACCAUUCAUGCAGAGUGCCCCAUGCAUCUGGAAGACUUCCCAAUGGAUGUCCAUGCCUGUCCACUGAAGUUUGGGAGCUAUGCCUACACCAAGUCUGAGGUGAACUACAACUGGACCCUGGGGAAAGUGGAGGUGGCAGAAGGAGGCUCACGUCUAAAUCAGUACGACCUUUUGGGUCAUGUUGUUUCAAGAGAGGACAUUGAAACAAGCACAGGGGUGUACGUUAUGAUGAUCACUUAUUUCCACCUCAAGCGCAAGAUCGGCUACUUUGUGAUCCAGACCUACUUGCCCUGCAUCAUGACGGUCAUUCUGUCCCAGGUUUCCUUCUGGCUCAACAGGGAAAGCGUCCCGGCACGAACUGUGUUUGGGGUCACCACAGUCCUUACCAUGACUACUCUGAGCAUCAGUGCAAGAAACUCUUUGCCAAAAGUGGCAUAUGCGACGGCCAUGGACUGGUUCAUAGCCGUCUGUUAUGCCUUUGUGUUUUCUGCGCUGAUUGAAUUUGCAGCAGUCAACUACUUCACGAAACGCAGCUGGGCCUGGGAUGGCAAGAAGGUUCUGGAGGCUCAGGAAAUGAAGAAGAAAGAGCCUGUCACUUUGGCCAAGAAAACCAACAACACUUAUAACAUUGUGGGGACGACAUACGCUCUCAACAUCAACAAGGAGCCAGGCCUGCCCACCAUUGCCAAGAGUGCUGCAGCCACCACAACCACCCCUGCUGCUGUUGUCGUCCCUCCUAAGUUGCCCCGAAUGGAGGAGAAGCCCCCUGAGAACAAGAAGACCUACAACAGUGUCAGCAAGGUAGACAAAAUGUCCCGCAUCGUCUUUCCUGUCUUGUUCGCCAUUUUCAAUAUGGUGUACUGGGCUACAUAUGUCAACCGGGAGUCAGCCAUCAAGGGCAUCAUCGCCAAACAAUGAAACGAGGCACAUAAAACCUUCCCUCUGCCCGUGUGAACCAGGUGGAGGAAUCUCUGUGGGGUUCCUUUGUCACUUGGCUGAUUUGAGAUUUGUUUUCUCUGCUGUUCUGAUUCAUUUUCUUCUCUUGAGUUCGUUACUCUUCCCCGUACAAACCAAACUGUGAUUUUACAAGAAACUCUGAUUUCUUAUUUGUUUGUUUUUGUUCGUUUUUAUUGUUGAGGGGAAAAAGUUCCAUGGAAAAGUGUGCCUCUAACAUGGUGAGUCUGGCGUCCACCUCCCCAGCUUCCCCUGCCUGCCCCCUCCCUGGAAGCUGGCUGCCUGCCCUUUCCUUCCAUGCAAAUUCUGCUGAGGAGAGCUGAGCUGUUUCUUUUCCCAGGCCUCUCCUGCCUUCUGAUGGACUGCCCUGGUGAUUCCAAUUGUCUCUUUUGCACGUAGGGGUCCUCUGGUUGCUUCUGGAAUCUGGUCAGUAAGGCUCAUAGUGGCUUAUCCGGUGCAGCUUCUUGUGCCUCAGGGAGAAAGAAGUUCCCAGUUGGGAAAGCAAGCCAGCUCCACUGGAGGGCUGUCAUGUGGAGAGGGGUGACAAAGGAGGUGGGAAGAUGUAGUGGAGACCUUUAUGCCUAAUAAAGGUUUACUGUACUGUACUGUAGUGGAGACCUUCUAACCCAGGAGUGCACCAGGCUGGGCUUGGUGCAAACUUCUGCUGUUGAUAAGGUCAACUCUGCAUAUAUAGCAGUGAUUGUGUGAGCACGUUGCUGCACUUGACGGGCAAAGGCGCUCUCUUCAGCCAUCUGUCAGCAGUGUUACGUCACAUCCCUUGUUUUCCUUGGAAUGCUUAGGAAAUUCUCACUCUGGACUUCAUGGUUCUGGAUUACCUGUUUCAGAACACAUGGGGGCAUCCAUUCGUUAGUUCCCUGAUGAUGUUGUGGACCGAAUUUUCGGAUGUCAUAAAGUUAACUGUGCAGGCACAUGUUACAGCAUUCCACCCUUUCGUGCCUUUUUCUUCCUGCAUACGUUAGGUGCACACUGAAAAACUGUGUGCAAUGAUUUGUUGAGAAUGCAUUUGCUCAUUUGUAUGCAUGAGCACAUCAUUGUGUGCAUGUCCAUUUUGAUUCUUCAUGGAGGGUUUAUAGUCUACACAUUUUAACGGUUUUUCAGAUAACACCAUAGUUCUCUCUCUCUCUCUCUCUCUCUCUCUCUCUCUCUCUCGGCCAUAGGAAGAGUCAUUUAAUUCCAGCUGUAGGCUGAUGCUGAAGCAGGGCUGAGCAAUUCAUUCUCAGUUUCCCCUUGUGAGGUAGGCCCUGUGAAGUAGGACACAAUUGCAGAAAAGGUUGCCCUCCCUUUCCUUAUUUUUGAGUAGAAUAACAGAAAAGCUACAACUCUCUUGGAUCUUUGAUUUUGCACUGACUUUUCCAGACUUUGCCUUAUGAUAGGCUUAGAUUUGUUUGUUUCCUCUCUGGCCCAUCCCAUAAUAGUAGACUUGCUGUCUUGCAUCCAUUUGUGCCCACCUAAAUUAAAUAUACGAGGUCAAAAAAGUGUGCCAAAAGGGGGCACCUUGAGAUGCAUUAUGAAGUAGCUGGAUUAGCAACUAAUAAUAAUAAUAAAUAAUAAUAAUAGUAACUUAAGAACUUAUUUUAUCUAGUGCUUUUAUGUACCAUUAGUCCACCCUUAUGGGUCCUCAAACAGGUUAACAGAUCAGAAUUUAAAAUAUAAAACCAGCCAGAAUUAUGAAAAAUACAGCAAGAGGUAAAAAUUCCACAAAAACUAUAACAGCUUCAGAAAGUUGUGAAUGGACACCCUGACCCAAGUUCACCACUUAAAAACUAUUCUGAUAAUGGAGAAUGGGUGUGAGUGUGCUUUCACUAAAAGAGAAAGAGAGAGGUUAUAGAAGAGGGGAAUUGUAAGAUAUUGAACAUCUCAAUCAUUGUUUAUUUAGAGAGUUCGAAGCUUUGGGUCAUAAAAUAUCUAGAAAUAAUAUUUACCAUAACCCACACCAAUGGUUUAUAAACUAAUACCUCUGACCAAUAAAGCAGAUUCCUGAAGGCUUUUACGCUUGCUGGAAUAAGCCAUCUGCCGCGGGAUGAGCACACACAUUCUGGCAUAACUAAUUAUGCAUCAAUACCUUUUUUAUACACCCCACUAAACCAAGCUCCUGAAUUUCCCUUCUACAAGCUCCUGAAUUUCCCUUCUACAGCUCAGGAUCUGAAAAUCCAUGGGAGCUGGAAACCAAUUUUGGGCUCAUGACUUCCUCUGUGGAGAUCAUCCCUGAAGUAUUUCAGCAGCGCUAACUGAUCUCAUGAAAACAACUACAUUCUAAUGCAAAAUAUAAUCUCUGGACAAUAUAAAUUACAUUGAAUGCAAGCUGCUAUAUAAGCCUUGCAUAAUCACCAGGCUGUCUGGGGGAUUGAUAAGCGACAUGUUCUAAAGGGAGGCCCGUCCCCUUAAUCUGCUUUGAGGCAGGAGAAGCAAAUUCCUGGACCCAUCACAUCUUUCCUUGUGUUACUGCCACUGACAGAUAAGUGCUGCAUGCUACCUUUGAUGUCUGCUCAAUGUGUCUCCUAUCUAAAUUAUUAAACGUGUAAACAUCUGAGGUAAACAACCUGAACGCAUCCAGCAAAUCUCAUUAGCCUUGACAUUGUGCCAUCCAAAAAGUGCUCCUGCCAAGCGUGAGCCACAGGGACCCACGUCACCGCCCACCUGCCCAUUACAUCGCCUCUGGGGUGCUGUAAGGAGGGAAGGGCGUAACUGGAGCUGGGGGUACUGAGUUGUGGGACAUGUUUCCUGGACACCUCUUUGUUCCACCGUCUCCUCCUCCUCCCUCACCCAUUCCAGGCCUACCUUAUUCAUACUAAGAUUUCUGCAAUGAAACAGAUGUUUCCCAUAGAACGUAGCAAGCAGAUUGGGAUGGAACCAAAGCUUUCCUGCCUUGCAGAGGUCUAAUCUUUGCUGUUCUGAGCCAGUCGGUAAAUGGUAUCAGGCUUCUUCGCACCCUCGUAAACAUCAGCAAGAAUAGCAGGAGAUUUCCUCAUUGAGGCUUCUUCCUGUAGGUGGCCACCUUGUCCUUUCCUCUCCGUGUUCUCCUGACCUUGGCUGCGAAUAUCUAUGCAAAGAUGUUCUAACUGUGUUUAGGACACAAUGAGCUCUCCAAACCCAUCUGAAGCUUAUUUGUCUCCCUAUCCAGCAAUGUCUGUUCCACUCUCGUUACUUUGGGCACACGUGGGUGAAGGUGCACGGGGGCUUAGGAGGUAGGAGGGGCAUCCCCUGGCAUUUCUUGCAGAGAUUUACCUUCCUUCAUAUUCUUGCCGACUGCCAGGCAGCUUCAGGCUCACGCUGCCGCUCGGGCCUCCAUCCUUUCUGUGCCUCUGGUUGUCAGGGAUGUCACUUGUUGCAACUGAGCUGAUGUUUAAUUUUCGAAUUUCUUUUGCCAAGUCUCCCUGCUGCUUCCUUCUCUGCUGAAUGCUCACAAGGGACCACUCGGUUGCCUAUCAAGCAGUGAAAAGAUUUUGCUUAUCUGCUUUUAAUGGGGAUGGAGGGGCGGGGAAGCAGAGAGGGGAGAAUAGCUGCUCCGGCAGAGGUUUAUGAUGCAAUCCUACACCGAGUUGAUUCCAGCAGACAUAGAAUGAAUCUACUUAGGAUUUCAUGGUCAGAAAUGGAUCUUUCCUGUCUAUGGGUACAGUCAGCUUGAAUUAACAUCCCCCAUCUCUCUGCUCACCACUUCCACACUUCUUUAUUUAGGCCAAGCAAUCCUCCUUUUCCCAGGGAAUACCUCUUUCCUUGGUUCCUUCAGACAUAAAUCCCUCCACUCUGUGCAGGUCCAUUGGAGGGAUAUUACAGAAUUCUGAAUUUCCUGGUUAGGGAUCGCACUCUUUUCUCAUUUAGAUAUAUCAUUCAAUCAAUCUACUGUGUUCAUAGGCCAGCAUAAGGUAAAUAAGAUACAAUUGAAAGGAAAAAUAUAUUAAAUCUGUAAAUAUAAUAAUGGAUUCUGUUAAAAAAAAUCUAGAAGCAGGGCCAAUAAAAAAGAUGGCAGCUCAGCUUCCAAUCCAUCCUGCAUAAACAAAAGUCACACUCUUCUCCAUGAGGUACUGCUGAGUUUCUUCAUUUGCAGGACAUUUGAUAUUUCUGAAGGAAUCUCUCUGUUUUCUACUCCAAACCCAUAGAAGUGAUUGGGACUCUGCUCUGAAACUCUCAUUUCUUUCUCUAGCGCUUAUCUUCACUGCUUGCAGGGCUGUUCUUUUCCUGAUAUUCAGUGAGAUAACUUGGGUUUGUGAGCACAAGCAGCAUAGGAAAGGAUGAUGGAGAGGCAAGCCAGGCUGAGCACCUGGCUCUUUGCCUGGGAAUGCCUGUGGGGAAAAGUAUAGCUUAUUUACAGCAGCAAUCAUUUAAUUUUCAAAGAGAACAUUGGAAAAAAUAGUUUAGUAAUAAUGAUCUUCAACUCGGACUUCCUGCAAUCUGUUAAUGGUUUGCUCACCUUUCAAAGCGAUCAGUAUUUUGAGCAGGGUCAUGUCUAUGCAGUUAGCAUCAUUCAGCACAGUGGUUGGCGAAAUAGCCACUUUGGGUCUAUGCUCAAAAUGUAUCAGCUCAGUUGGAUUGUGUAUAUGACCCAAGGCCAUCAUGGGCUGGUCAUGCAUCAUUUACAUGCAGUUGCCUUUCAAAGUGUAUGUGUUGUUCUGUGCCUUUGCUGCCAGCAGGAUCCAUUAUGCUGGACAUAGUCAGAAUUUACAGGAUUAAACUACAAUUCCCAGUUGGCAGUGCCAGAAUGUGCAAUGUAUUUGCAAUAGAGUUUAGAAAAGACACUCAACUUUCCAAGUCAGGUAGGAAAAAGGGACAAGGUUGCAGUGCUCGAGAGAUAAGCUGGACAGCUUCCCUUCCCCCUUCCCCCCAACACAGAAGGGUCAGGGUAGUCAAGGAAGUCACCCUUUUUAUUAUUAUUAUUAUUUUCUGUUAAAUGGAUUUGGUGAAGGAGUGUGGGGGUGGGCAAACAGGAACAGCCACAGAAGAAAGAAUAGCAGGGACCAAACGUUUGCGAUGUAAUUUAGAAUAACUUCAAGUGCUCAAUAAAAAGCAAACUUUGAAGGGGUGGGAACUGUGUGGUCAGACUGACAUUCAAGAGGAAACAUGUCUGAAAAUCACAUGCAACUGCUUUGCAUAAUCUUGCAUCAUCUGCUUAGCAUAAUUUUUUCCUUUAAGGUUCCAAACUCCUAGAAUGCUAUGGUUAGUUACACAUCUUCGUUCUGUGACUUUUGAGGGUAUGACUUCAAAUUAUC